AUGGAUCUAACUCCGCCUCAGAAUCAGGCUCCAGAUGUACCUCCGGCUUUGGGGGGGACACCCGCACCAGUCAAUGUCGCCGAGGCCGAGGCUUCUCAAGAGGAGAAUCCUAAUGUAAAUGCAAGUCAAGUUGAUUCUAAUCAAUCUACACAAGUCUCUCAGACUUUGACUAAAAGGAAAGCAAUAAAAGAAAGAUCGGAGGUAUGGGAUCAUUUUACUAAGUUUAAAGAUAAAAAUGGUGACCCAAAAGCAAAAUGCAAGUAUUGUGAAAAAGUGUAUUUUGCACAUUGUAAAAAAAAUGGUACUACAGCUCUUCACAAUCACAUGGAGUCUUGCAAAAAGCAUCCACAUAAUGUCGACACUCGACAGAAGUUAUUAAAUUUACAGGCAAAUCGUGAUUCACAAAGUGGAUCUAGUACAAAAAUGGGAACCCUUGGUAGUUGGAGUUAUGAUGAAGGAGCCAUAAGAAAAGCCCUCAAUUAUUUUGUCAUUUUGGACGAGCUUCCAUUCAAUCAUAAAGGAGAUGAUCUUGGGAAGGUGGUCGAGAAGUGUUUACUAGAUUGGGAAAUUGAGAAUGUUUUCACCAUCACGGUUGAUAAUGCUAGUUCAAAUGAUACCAUGAUUACAUACUUAAAAAAGAGGUUCAACAAUUGGGGAGGCACAAUGUUGGGUGGGAAAUAUCUUCAUAUGAGAUGCAUUGCUCAUAUUGUUAAUCUUAUUGUUAGUGAUGGGCUCAAAGGUUUGGGGGAUUCCGUUGCUCGUGUUCGUUCCGCGGUGAGAUAUGUGAGGCAAUCUCCAUCUAGAUUAGCUAAAUUCAAAACUUGCAUUGAACUAGAAAAAAUUGAAUUUGGUUCAUCUUUAUGUUUGGAUGUAUGCACUAGAUGGAAUUCCACUUAUUUGAUGUUGAACAUUGCUCAAAAAUAUGAAAAAGCUUUUGAAAGAUAUGGUGAAGAGGAUCCCUUCUUUAGAUUUGAACUAAGUAAUGGAAAUGGAGCUCAUGGAAUGCCAUUGGAGGAUGAUUGGGUUAAUGUGAGAAGGUUAUGCAUUUUGCUUGAAAAAUUUUACAAGCUAACAUUACUUGUUUCAGGUUCCUCAUAUGUGACAAGUAAUUUUUUUCUUCAAGAAAUUGGUAAUGUUGCUUGUGAUUUGCAAAAAUGGAGAUUGUCUGAAGAUGCAUUAUAUGCUAGAAUUGCUAAUAAAAUGACAGAUAAAUAUGAGAAGUAUUGGGGAAGUUGGGAGAAGACGAACAUGUUGAUUUACAUUGCGGCGCUUCUAGAUCCACGAAAUAAAGAAGAUUUUGUGACUUUUAUUCUUGAGCUUACAUAUGGUGAGAAAGAAAGUGUUGAUAAGUUAAAAUUCAUCAAAGAUGCCGCAUUUGCAUUAUUCAAUGACUACAAGAUUAAAUAUGGAACUGAAAUAAAUGCAAGUGAGCAAUCAAUUGGUGCUUCAUCUAAUAAUAUUGACAGUGGUGAUGUUAAUCAAAUAACCGAUGUAAGAAGUCAGUUUAAAAGGUUGAAAGCCGCAAAAGGAAGUGUCGAAGCAAAAUCAGAGUUGGAAAAAUUUCUAAGCGAGGAUGUUGAAGCCGAUCAAAGUAACUUUGAUAUUUUAGCUUAUUGGAAAGUUAAUAGUGCAAGGUUCCCAAUUCUCUCUCGGAUGGUUCGUGAUGUAUUAGCUAUUCCAAUCUCCACAGUUGCUUCUGAAUCUGCUUUUAGUACAGGUGGCCGAGUACUUGAUCCAUUUAGGAGCUCAUUGACUCCGAGAAUGGUACAAAGCCUAGUAUGCACUUCUGAUUGGCUUCGAAACUUGUUGGCUACGCCGGGUUCGAGCAAAAUUUGA